AGUUAUCAGCAAACCUGUGACGGCAUGUUUGCACAAAUGUAUGGAAUUCGCCCAACCCCCUUCUUGGUUAUAUGAGGCUACGUGUAAACACGGAAAAAAGUCCACUAUUGCUUAACUGAAUCGAUCUGUAUAAACGCAAAUAACACAAAUGCUCAAUUUGUAUAACUUGGCAGAGAGUUGGUACAAGCACCAUGUGGAUAUAGAUGGACAAGAUAUUCUCUUCCACGUCUUUGAUACAGCUGGUAAGAAUUGUUUGGAAAAGAUCGAUACCUGUGCUUCUCUGGAUAUCAUGUUUGUACUCUACUCUAUAACGGAUCGUUCGUCGUUCCAAGAAGCAACACUCAUUGUCAAAUAUCUACACGAAACAAAAAACAUUCCCUCUUCAGCAAUAUUUCUGAUCGCAUCAAAAGCUGACCAGAAACGCCACACAGAAGUAACAGAAUUCGAGGGAAAACUAUUUGCCGUGAACACGGGAUGUUCCUUUCAUCAGCUUUCCAAUUCAGAGGGGUUUUCCGAGCACAGAAAGAUUGUAAAGCAAGCGUACCUUAGAGUGUCUCUCGGGAGUCCGCAGAAAAUGCCAAAGUCUCCGUUGAUGAGAAGAUUCAAGGGCAAGAACAAGAACAAGGGCCAAACAGCCGUCCCAGGACCAAGAAACAGAUCUGGAAGUGUUGAGUUUUAAGGACAAUGGUUCUUCGCACAUAGCUAAUCUUAGAAGAUUCUCUUCACUUCCGAACUCGAAACAAUAACUCUUCUAAUUUAAGAGGCAUUCGUCGUCCAUUUACUUAAAACUUCCUCAUAAGAAUUGAACACACAUUCAGCCUUGCAUACGGCGACUGCGACCGCACUACGAGCGGCAGUCAAAACCGAGCUGUCUUACCGAAACGACACGAUGAUAUAGUCUUUUUUUUCGCAGCUAACAAAAAUAAAGGCAAUGCUUUGGUCUCUUUAAAUACUUAACUUGAGAAAUCUGGUUUUAAUUUGACGAGGAACAACAUUUUUUGCUCCGAAUAACAUCACUAUAUAUUAUGUUACCUGGCGACACUCGACGAACUACGAGCGAGUUACCCGAUGUCAGCGAUCUGUUUAUGGUGCCAAAUUAGUAGCUUGGAGACACAACUGAAAUGUUCCAUAUUUUUUCACUUUUUACAAUCUGAUAAGUUUUUUGGAAUUAUAAGUCCCUUUUCGGGAAUAUUUAAUGCCGUCUCCAUUGAGAAAAGUUGCCCAUCUUCAAUGCCUCUCCUGUUAAUAUACAUUGACGUCAGAACAGUACAGUUUUUCCCGCCUUGUGAAUUCUGAUUGGUCAAUUCAAAUUUCGGGCUCGCCAGCCGUAUGCAAGGAGAUAGGUUUCCCUAGUCUAAUCUUUUGUUCUUGUUCUCGGCAUCUGUCUGCUUGAUGUAGUACAGUAAUAGCCCACGUAUAAGAACCUGGGUUUUAAGAACCUGUUAGGCGAAAAUUUUAAUUUUAAGCCCCCUCCACAUAAGAAUCUAUUAAGGCUAAAAUUUUAAGUUAGGUUCUUAUCAGUGGAGUUACUGUAAAAGUGUAUAGGUAGAAACUGCUGAAUUAAGAUCAUCAUCUAUUUAAAAGUAACUUGACAUAACUUUUAUUUCAAGCUUAAGUAUCAUGUUGUAUGUCGAUUGUGUUUGCCAUUCAAAUAAUUCCCGAAGUAUUUGCAAGUACUGUACUCUACUACAGUAUCAAGGGAAGCUUUCUGACCAUCUCCAACUCUGUGAGAAUCACAAAAUAUUUAAUGUAAAAUAUCAAAUUAUGAAUUUGGUAUCAACAUGAGUUUCUUUGUUAUGUUUUGUUAAGGACAUAUACUGUACCUGCACUGAACUGCCUAUAGGUAUUGCUCUAUGGUACAAAUAAAUGAUUUAUACAAUGUACUGUAUUAUGAGAUGAUAUUUAUAAUAUAUAUAGUAUAUUCAGAUGAAAUUCAUAUGAAAAUAUAAGAACCUAUUUUAAGAACCUUGGUAGCCUAAAUUUGCUUUAAGUACCAUUUAUAUAAGAGCCUAUUUAGGCUGAAUUGAAAAAUUCAGGUUCUUAUACGUGGGCUAUUACUGUAAAAGAAAGAAAAAGAAAGAUGACUUUUCUGGAACAAGCAAACGCCAUUGGGUAGAUCAAAGCACCGUAACGGCAGAGCUCAAGUUUCAAGGUUCACAUGAGGAAGUGCGCGAUGCCUUCUCCGACCUUUUUAUCUAACAGAAUAGUAGUCACUCUGAGCUCAAAGAACGUAUGUAAGUCAAAAUUAAAGCACAAUAAAAAUAGGUAUAGGUAAGUAUUGUAUGCACGUGCAAUUAUAAGGAUUUACACUACUCGUGAUAUUUGAAAAUUCUCUCAAAAUUGCACGAGCGUUGUAGGCGAGUGCACGUUUUAGAGAAUUUUCAAAUAUCUGACGAUUCGUAUAGGCGCGAUUUCCGUCGCUCACUCAAGUGCGGUCAACUUUCCCACCGAGAGAGGUCGGGGGGAGACCGCGGGCUCUUUAAUUGAAGGGUGACUGGAGUAUGCUUUCCAUGAGUAGACGGCAAAUUUGCCCGAGAAAAUCAUGAAAGCGCGCGUUAAUUUACAUACACCGCAGAGCAAAUUAAAAUUAACUAUAAGUUGGCUUGCUCUCGGUCAAUCACAAUAAAGUAAUAUUCUCAGUCAUAUAAUAAACUCGAAAUCGUAACAGCACUGAGUGCCACACCCAAAACAAGAUGCAUUUGACCAGACGUUCACAGUCCAACUCGUGUUUGUAAGAACACCCUUCUAAAAGUUUAGUCAUCAGUAAAUGCAUAAAGUAGACCCUACUACGCCGAUCCCUUCGCGCGUGACUUUUCUUAAAGACGUAAUUUUGAUAACUUGAGGAGUGUCUAGGGAAUAAUAUCACGGGUGAAAAAUUACUCCUUGCAUGUGGCACAAAAUUUCAGCGUUAAUUUAU